AUGACAGCUCAGGAAGUUGCCACAACCGCUGUUAAAAGUUCUAUUACUUUGCGAGGUUCCGCAGAGAUGGUCGGCGAGUUUUUCUAUUUUGGCAUCAACAGCAUCUUGUUUCAACGUGGCGUCUAUCACGCUGAAUCCUUCAAAAAAGUACAAAAAUACGGACUGACCGUCUUAGUGACGAAGGAUUGUAAGUUGGACAAGUUCUUCAAACCGCUUCUGGACCAAAUAAGAAUUUGGCUGAUCAAAAAGCAGAUCCGAAAGUUGGUAAUGGUGAUCGUAAGUGUGCAGACGAAGGAGACGUUGGAAAGAUGGGAAUUCGACAUCGAAACCGACGACGAUAUCACGGAAGAAGGAACAGUCACUUGUCGCGAAAAAUCUCAGAAAAUCAUUCAAAACGAAAUUCGUGACGUCAUCAGACAAAUAACCGCAUCCGUUACUUUUUUACCAUUGCUUGAGGAGCUGUGUUCCUUUGAUAUACUUAUUUACGCGAAAAAGGAUUCAGAAACUCCUGAAGGGUGGGGUCUGGUCGACGCUCAUCACGUGAAAAACUGUCAGGUGGUAAAGUUGAAUUCAUUUUCGACGAAUGUACAUAAAGUUGAAAUGCGGGUUUCGUACAAAAAUUAUGAUUCAUAA